CGUGUAGCGAACGAGCGCGCGUUCUCAUUUGAAGUCUACGGCGCCUGGUCAGUCACACCGCAUUCACAAUGCGGGCCACUGUGUGCUCGAUAGUCCUCACUCUCUCCAGCUUGGGCUUCAUCAGUGUUACCAAUGGACAGGAUGGCCGCUGUUCGGUAACUUGCCGAGACCAUCCUAGCUCUACUGCGGGUGGCAGGCUGCUAACACUGCGGCUGUCUUCUACGGGAGAGAGUCUGGGACAGCUGGUACACGACGCACCAGACUCCAGCGCCUCCAAUGCAUCCAGACUGGCAGCAGCAGCAGCCACGUUGUUGUUGGGACCGGCAGCAACAUCAGACUUUUCAGGACCUGCAGCACCAUGGGAUCAUGUAGUGCACCUCACCAGCAUUUGGAGCAGGACAAGCUGCUAUUAUCCAUCUUCAACGUCGACUUCUGUAACGAAGUCACCCAGCCACCCUCUGACUCCAAGAAGAAAUGUACUGAGGGUCCUACUCCACACGGUGCAGAUCAGUGCUGGCCUCUGACGUAAGCACCAUCCCAAAACAUUCCAGUGUUACUGCAAGGACAGAGUGUAGUAGUGGUGGAUGAGUAGCUGCCAGUUCCUUCCAGUGUUCUAAUACCAUUCACUUCAAAUUAUAAUUUAACAGCUCAAAGACUGGUAUAGAAGCACCAGUGGAUAGUCACUGGCACGAUAUGUUAGAGAUCGAAAAUGCACCGAGAACUGACAAAGUGCAGUUUACGGAGUUGGAAUAAGAUGACUUGUGCAAUGUAGAACCCUACAUCAGUCAACAGAUGACCACAGAGUCUAAUCCAUCCCAUUCUCUCCCAGAUAUUUGGUGUGCUGGUCUGACGUUAUCUAUAACAUCAUUGGACAUCGGUGGUGCACUCAUGCUGAGAUCAGGUGGUCGUUCCAUUUAUUUACAGCACUCCACCAUUAUGAACUUAUUCGGUCUACAGAUGGUGCAAAUCAUUGUGUUGGAAAGACUUAAUAGAUGGUUGCCUUAUGUUCAAACUGUGUGUAAAUACAUUUUGAACUGUCUCCAUACGUAUAGUGCGCAAGUAGACGAUUUAGACCACUGCAUCAACACGGUGCCAAAAGAAGAAACUGAAGGGAUACCCAUCACUUUGAGGGAAAUGAAAGCUGAAUUCUGUGUAUACAAGAAAGGUUUAUUUGCCAAAUUCUGUACAAGUAUUAAGAUGAAGAAAGAAACAAUUGGUUUUGUUGCAGUGGUGCACCCUGUAAACGACUACUGAAUAAAAAUAAUAACGAUAUUAUAGCUAUCAGUAUUUUCAGUGCAAUAUCUACAAUACUACAACAGCAGAACGUUGUGUGAAUCAUGUCAUUGAUAAACUGAAUGGUAAACGACGCUUUCAGGUGUAUGUAUAAUCUUUAGCUUAGUUGAUGACAUAUAUUUUCUAAAAAAGCCUAAUGCACGUCAAUAUCUAGUGUAGUCGGUAUCAUGGCAGGAUGUAUGAAGUGUCCUCGACAUAAGGACUUUGUUGUAAGGGUCUGGUCCUGUGAUGUCACGGAGGAAGACCAGAAGAAGAAGAAGAAGAAGAAGAAGAGGAAGAGGAAGAAGAAGAGGAAGAGGAAGAUUAGGAUACAUGGCGUAAAAUACACGACAUUCACUUAAACCAGUGAAGUCCUCCAACCACAGAAAGUAAAGCCACGCACUGUCUUCAAGUUCGAUGAUGUUGCUGUGGAAAACCAGGAUCAAGUUCUACGAUGUUUCAGUUUCGGACAUCAUAUGGGUGAUGAUGUGUUUUAUUUGAGUCAGACAUAUUCCAGAAGUCCAAAACUGUUGGUGAGGGAUAAUGUCAACUUCAUUAUAGCCUUCACAAGACAAUUUGAAUUUAAAGCACAUUUACUAAGAAAAUGAAGCGACUGAUGCGUCAUUCAAUGAAUCUGUAAAAAUAUGUGGAGACUGCUGGAAUCACACACAGAGUAUGGGUUUCUCGUUUAUGGUAAAACAAGAAAGCUGAAUGAUGGUAGGUAUAGACGCAACUUGGAAGAGGCUUUGAGGCUAGAAUGUUAGUAUACAUCAAGCCAUGGACAAAUCUGUCUGCAUGUCAGGCACUCCACCUGAGACGCUGGGUGUACAUAAACAGAGAAUUCUUCUACACAUAGAUGGAAAGUUUCCAUCUCUCUAAAAUAGAGUUAAUGGCCUAGAGAUCUAUUCCCUACAGAUUCUGAGAGAAAUCAACGCAUUAGUUCAAAAAAUGGUUCAAAUGCCUCUGAGCACUAUGGGACUCAACAUCUGAGGUCAUCAGUCCCCUAGAACUUGAACUACUUAAACCUAAUUAACCUAAGGACAUCACACACAUCCAUUCCCGAGGCAGGUUCGAUCCUGCGACCGUAGCGGUCGCGCGGUUCCAGACUGAAGCGCCUAGAACCGCUCGGCCAACGCAUUAGUUGCUAGUGUUACCCCACUUGAAAAGAAAGUAAACGACUUAGCUGUAAAGAUUGAUAGAACUGAAGAUAAUGUGCGAGACUGAACUACAAAGGUUGAUAGGAGCAUAUAUAAGACAUGUUCUGUUGAGGAAGCCCGCUUAGUAUAUAACAAAAUGCCGACUAAGCAUAAGGUCAUUGUGACACAGAAGGCUGUCCGAGAGAAGUUACUGCUGUUAAAGUGAGUACAUUUAGAUUGAGAGCAAACACUGAGAGAAACCUUUAAACCAGUUACUGAACCCAUUGAUGAACUCUCUGCGAAAUUACACAGUUGCCAACUUCUAUCUCAACAAUAGAUUGAUUCAUACAAUUUACAGAUUCUCCCCAUCAACUGGAAGAAGAUAAAAGAUCAGUGGUGAGGAACAUUUGUACAGCUGCAUCUAAAUUGGAACCAGCAGUGACCUCGAAUGUGCAGGGACGCGGAAGCGGAGGUGAGCUUCAACCAGUUGGGAACUGUCAAAGGCGAAAGAGACGACGACGACGACGACAUUCAACUCUCUGGAACCUGUCGGAACUGGAAGCAGCGGUGGCCUUCAAUCAGCCGGGACUUCCAGCAGCCACCAGAUUCCCAUCAUCCUCAUACUGUCAACGAAGACAGUAUAGGCACCAGGUAUAAAACCAAUGUACGCAACGCACAGUGUCACAAUUUACAGCACAACAGCGAGGCACGUGCAAACUACAAGUUUUUUAAACCAGUAGAUCUGAAAUCUCGCAAUAUGAUGAGUGUUUUAUGCGACAGACCUUAUGCCUCAACCGCAAGAACGUUGAAAUUAGGAUUGUCAUCAAACACUAAGAUGCUUUGAUCCUCCCAUAUAGGAGUUUCAUAUGUCUUAAUGGAUCAUUUACAAAAAAGAUGGUACCUCCAGUGGCAUCGAACCUUACACGUCAUGCUUUUGUGUUCCUGUUUCAUGAGAUAUGGUACGAUGUUAAAGGGGUCAAGAUUUACGACAUAAACAAUACAGGUAUAACAUCAACUCUUAUAAUGUAUGUCCCUGCUUCUCCCUUGGAUCUGAACGGUUUAGAAAAUGCUGGGUGGUUCAUACAUGGGACAGUGGGUAGAACAGUGUAGAAUUACAAGAAAUUUUCUGCACCUACACCUCUGAAACUGCUUAUGGGAUAAUUUGAGGACAUGUGGUGAAUUGUUCUAAAUUCUAAACAGGAACUUGUUCUGGUACAGAGUGCAACAGGUAACUCAUGCACUCAAGGCGCCUGAGAGAAGAACGAGAUCACCAUCAAUAAAAUAAUAUGGAAAAUGCCAGACGUCACUGUAUCUGAUGAGCAGCGUUUGAAGCUUUUAAAAGUUUGGAAUGCUGGUGUAUUUCUACCUUUAUCUUCCAGUCAUGGGAGAUUGUUGAGUACCCAGCGCUACCAACUGCAAGCAGUCAAACGUAGUCUAUGAAAACCUCUGUGCAGUUAGAGACCCCCAGAUUCAUCAUACUUUCGUUUCAGACAAAUAGAAGAGAGACUACACCAAAUGAUUCCAUCAAAUUUGACAGCUGUUGGUUAACCAACUCUAGAUUCUACCUAUAUGACAAUUUACACCUGCAAUGGGAUGAAAAGGUAUACAGCUAGCGUAUGACAUGUAUGUUAGUUUCCGUGCUUCUUACUAUGAAGAAGAGAAGGGAUGUCUACUAUGCCCACGGAAAUUCAAGGAUCUGGAGCCAAUAAUCGUAAUAGACUGCUCAAAACAGAAUGAGAUUAUUAAAGCUGGACCUAUAGGUGUAUGAACUGAAUUUGAAUCUUCGCACAUUUCCCAGAACACAUUGCAGCGUUUGCUCCAGUUCUGCAUGACUGUGUGAUUAACUGUUGCCUGCUCACUGGCGUUGUGCAAUGAGUUGUAAAAAUCAACAAGUGCCGCACUAUAUCCAGAUCAUUUCACAAUGGUACCUCAAGGCGUGAACAUCAUUACAGACGUUCAGGGUUCAUAUGAUGUUCAGUUUAGGCAGUUCAUAUUUACAGAAGUUGCAUUCAUGGCAAACACAGAAAUGCCAGUGUGAUAGAGACAUUUUCAGCAAACAAUGCAUCACAGAGAUCAUUCAAGAGUGCAAAGUGUGCUAAAACACAGAGGAGUGCAAAGAGGUUAACACGUUUCUACAAUGGAAUUCGCUGCAAUGAUCCUGGUAUACUGUAUAAAGAUAUCGUGACGUCGCUUCAAAUAUUCGACCACAUGGAUACCACCACUUACGUCAAAGGGAAGGAGAAGAUCACAUGAAAGCUUCGAAUCAUUUAGUUUGCCACUAUUCAAGACCUGGAAUUCUAUGUGUCCCCUGCUCUCCACCAACUCAAGAAGAAGAUGGUUGAAAAGAUUGUCGUGUUUGCUUAUGAAAAUGUAAAAUUACUGUUGAGUUGGAUGAAAAAUAAAUGAAUUUUUCGCUCAAAA